CCACGCCUCUCGAAAAAAGCUCCUCAUCAAAAUUCCAUGGCGGAGGAGGAGGAUGUCCCUGAUCGGAACCUUUGGUUCUUCGUGGCGGUUCACGUCGGCGAGGGUUUUCACGCGCCGUCGAACGAGAAAGCUCUCAGGUCCGCCAUGAAACGUGCCUGCCUCGCUGCUGCUUCUGUUCUUCGCAAGGAUCCUGCUACAGGGAAGAUGAUUGGGCAUGCUGAAUUGAAGGACGGCUUAUACUUCUCGGAAGCAGAUUUGGUGAAAAAGAGUCAAGAGUCUCAAGGCUUGGUCUCUACUACAUUUCAACAAAAAGAUGAUCAAGUUUGGCUCUGGCAUAGACGGGUCCUGGUGGGUGUAUAGAUGCUGUUUCAGCUGCAAUACAAGUCUUGGAGGAUGAUCCAAGCACAAAUGCUGGGUGUGGCUAAAUUUGACUGAAGAUGGUCAUGUGGAAUGUGAUGCCAGUAUCAUGGAUGGUGAUUCUGGGGCAUUUCGGGCUGUUGGAGUGGUGCCAGGUAUUCCUGAAGUAUAAUUAAUGGAAACCAUACUCUAAAUAAGUAAAUAAGUUUUUAUGUUGUGAGCUGCAAUUUCUUCUAUUCUUUGGCUUUGAUAAUGUUAUGGAGCUUUCAUUUUCUUUUUAUGCUCUUCAUUUCUGUGAAGUUAAUAAUCAGCAGGUGUCUGGAAUGGUAUCCAAUUGCUGCUUUGUUGGCCAAGGA